UCGCGUCAAUGACAACGUAAAUUACCGGUUUAAAAAUAAAAUCUUCUGUCUCUAUAUCUCUAUUCUUUUAUAAACAUGACUGUCAUCGGAACGCAGAUUGACAGCGACAGAAGAUUGCUGAGUUUUCAAAAUUAUGAAGAAUAUUUAGACUCGCUGAUGACACCUGCAGAUAUUUGCUACUUCAAAAGCAGCAAAACCGCGCGCCAGUUGGCCGAGCUCGGAUAUCGCUGCACCGGCGAGACUCUGAGCGAGGAGAGCUUUUAUCGUCGCUUACAAAUCGUGAGAGAUCUACUGUUUCCCGUUCACCGGCAUUACGAACUCACUUCGGAAUUCGUGUCACCAGCUAUUCGAAGAAUCAGCUUACAUUGACUUUUACGAUCGACUUAAAUCGGAAGAUUGGCUACCGUAUUACCGAGGGGAGAAAAAAUUGU